GAGCGCACAGCGGCGCGCAGGGGCGCCCGCGGCUCGGGCGCAGCGCACUGGGCGCACUGGGCGCAGGCCCCGGCCGUGCCCGCGGCGCGGGGGUCCAUUUACAUAACCGAGACGCAGGCGGAGGAUCGUCGGCGGGAGGCGGCGCUGCGCCCGCCGGAGGUGUGUGGAAAGAAGAUGUUGGCGCUGACCCCGUUAUCUCGCUCUGCCAUGCACGAGAAACCCUGACACCGCGGAAGCUUCUGGAUUCGCCCCGGGCAGCGCGGCAGAUUUGAGCGACAGCGGCCACUCUCUGGGCGGGUCCCCGCCGCCCCGACGGCGCCAUGGACGAGGCCGUGGGUGACCUGAAGCAGGCGCUGCCCUGCGUAACCGACACGCCCGCCGUGCACGUGGAGGUGCACCAGCGCGCUGGCAGCACCGCCAGGAAGGACGACAUCAGGCAGAGCGUCCGGAAGCUGCUCAGCCGACACAGCAUCGUGUUCGGGGACUACACCUGGACGGAGUUUGACGACCCUUUUCUGAGCAGGAACGUGCAGUCAGUGGCCAUCGUGGAUACGGAGCUGAAGGCAAAAGACCCCCAGCCCAUCGACCUGAGCGCCUGCACCGUGGCACUCCACAUCUUCCAGCUGAAUGAGGACGGCCCAAGCGGCGAGAACCUGGAGGAAGAGGCUGAGAGCAUCGUCGCCGCCAACCACUGGGUGCUGCCGGCAGCCGAGUUCCACGGGCUCUGGGAAAGUCUCGUGUAUGAUGCAGAGGUGAAGUCACACCUCCUGGACUACAUGAUGACGACACUGCUAUUCUCAGACAAGAAGGUGGACAGCAACCUGGUGGCCUGGAACCGUGUGGUGCUGCUGCACGGGCCUCCGGGGACCGGGAAGACAUCACUGUGCAAAGCUCUGGCCCAGAAGCUGAGCAUUCGGCUCUCCGGCAGGUUCCGGUACGGACAGCUGAUCGAGAUCAACAGCCACAGCCUGUUCUCCAAGUGGUUCUCAGAGAGUGGCAAGCUGGUGACCAAGAUGUUCCAGAAGAUUCAGGACAUAAUCGACGACAAAGACGGGCUGGUGUUUGUGCUCAUUGACGAGGUGGAGAGCCUUACCGCCGCCCGCAGCGCCAGCAGGGCGAGCGCAGAGCCCUCCGACGCCAUUCGCGUGGUCAACGCAGUCCUCACCCAGAUCGACCAGAUCCAGAGACACUCCAACGUGGUGAUCCUGACCACAUCCAACAUCACCGAGAAGAUCGACCUGGCCUUCGUGGACCGCGCGGACAUCAGGCAGUACAUCGGGCCGCCCUCAGCCGCUGCCAUCUUCAAGAUCUACCUCUCCUGUUUGGAGGAGCUGAUGAAGUGCCAGAUCAUCUACCCUCGGCAGCAGCUGCUGACGCUGCGUGAGCUGGAGAUGAUCGGCUUCAUCGAGAACAACGUGUCCAGGCUGAGUCUGCUGCUGAGCGACAUCUCCAGGAAGAGUGAGGGUCUCAGUGGCCGCGUCCUGCGGAAGCUGCCUUUCCUGGCCCACGCCCUGUACAUCCAGGCCCCCACGGUCACCAUCGAGGGCUUCCUCCAGGCCCUCUCGCUGGCAGUGGACAAGCAGUUUGAAGAGAAGAAGCAGCUGUCAUCCUGCGUGUGACCUGGCUGCCCGCCGUGGGGUGUGGGUAGCCCCAUCCCCGCGGGCCCCUUGCCCAUGGGUCAUGUCAGGACUUCGGCUCCACCCUGCCACUGCAGGGUACCUGGAAAGAGCCGCAUCUUGCAGGGUCUCCGUGUGGCGCCCCUGAGGUGUGCAUCUGGGAGCCAGUUUGGGCGGGGCCUGAGGCUGGGUCCACCUAGGGGUGCCAGCGGUUUCUAGCCAGAGAGGCUGCAGGCCUCGUCCGGGUGUCAUAGGGGCCACUGCUCGGCCUCUUGUCCUCAUGUGUGUUAAAGAACGUGUGGUCUUUUGUUACAGAGCUUGGAAAAUUAAA